AUGGCCUACAUUCCAGCAAUGAAAUUAUUAGUGAGAGCCAUUCAUCUAUCUUUGCAACCGAUUGGCCUCUAUUUUGGAAGCAUUUCCAGAGAUGCUUUAGUCUGGUCUCUAAGUGGGUGUUUGGUGACAUUGUUUUGCAGCCAGCAGUUUGGCCAGUUGCAGCAAGUGGCGCCACGCCAUCCAAUUAUGUUAUGGUUCAGCAAACUGAGAAGAGAUGGAAAUGAAAUGAACCAUGUGCUGAGGAAACAAGCCACCGGAGGGAAGGCAAAUUAA